ACUGGAAAAUUAAUAUUGAAACCUAGGCCUCAUGUUCAAUAAGGGCUGUCUUCCUUCAGUUUUUUCCACUGCCAUGGAAACCAAAAAUGACCUUUUUUAAGAUCUCCAGUGAACGCAGAAGAACUUAAAAGAAAAUUUGUAGCUGAAGUCUAACUUUCAUACCGGACCAACUUUUCCUGUAUUUGAUGUCAGUAUCUUAGAUUAUAAGAACUACAUCAGAGAGAAACCCCCUGCCAGGUUUCCACCCUACAGGUCAAUCCUGCCUCUCUGCAGCAUCCCAGUGCUGAAGUGAGAGAGUAUGCCUGUGCCAGUAUUUCCAAGCUGUUGCAGCAGAAGCACGUCAUCCCAGCCUUCCUGCAGAGGGACGUUGUGCGGUGUUUGGGGCCGCUGCUGAUGGAUCACAGCUUAGCUGUUCGGGAGACAGCUGCAGGUGCUCUCCGAAAUCUAAGUGCUUGUGGAGGAUUUGAAGUCUGUGAUGACAUGGUGACAAGUGACAUUAUGACACCCCUUGUUGCACUUCUGAAAGAGUGUAGCACUGAGCUAGAUGCUAACCAACUCUCUCCAAAGAAAUGCAGAGAGGCAAACAAAAAUUAUGUUGAAGACGUAGCCAAUGAAGCUAUUAAUUUGCUGUGGAAUAUAUGUGAAUGUAACAAUACUGCUGUGUACAUAUUCAAUAAAGAAGGGUGUCUGGAACCUGUGUUAAAUUACAUGAAGAAAUUCUCCACAAAUGUGGAUCUGGCUAUUUCAGUAGCAAACUGCUUGCAGGCAGUGACAGAAGAUAAUCCAGACCUCCUUUCUUCAUUUAAUGCUUCUGCACAAGAAGUAUUGGAGACAGUGAUGUUGUGUCCAGAGAGCACAAUGAAGCAUGUCCUUCUGAGAACACUGAUAGCAGGCACUAUUUGGAAUAUCAAGGCUACCAUUCCACCAGGCAGCCUGGGAAGCAUGGUUAAUGCAAUCCUGAAGAUUUUCUCAGAAUCAUUAGCAAUAGACGCUGGUGAAACAAUUAUUCGUAUGAAUGAAGCUGAAAAGAACAGGUUAAAACUUGCUGUGGAAGCAGAAACAGAGGAAAACAUGAGUGAUGUGGUGGACAACUGUGUUUUGAGUGAAGAUGAUAACAUGGAAGAAAUACCAAAAGGAAAACUCAGAAGGGAAAAUGAUGUUUCAGAUUUACUUCCAUCUGAUAAGUGGGAACUGAAAGAAGUGACAGCUUUACUGACGGCUCAGCAGACUGCUCUGGAAAUCAUUGUUAAUAUGUGCUGCAGUGAAGAUCCCUCUGAUGACGAGUGGGAAGAACUGUCCAGCAGUGAUGAGAGUGACUUGUUCAUUGAAAACUCAUACAAUGAGGGAGGGGGGCUGCUGAUGACACCCCUGUGCCUCUCUGAUGAGGUUCACUCAGCGUUUCUGAACAACCUCAUUCCAAAGAAGAUUCUUGAAAAAACUGCUUUUCCGAACAGUGUUGCUCUAGACAUCUGUAUGCACAAUCCGUCUUGGAAACCAUUAAUUAAAAAACUGAAUGCAGUGCAGUGCAGAGCUUUAACAUGUCUUCAUAGCAUUUUAUUAGUGUCAGAUGUGGAUUGUCUUGGAGGAGCUUCAGCACUUCAGUCCCUUGCACAGCAUCUCUCACAGUUGAUCUUUUCUAAAACAGAACUCCCUGCAGACACUGAAUUCCUGGAAGCCGUAACCAGUGCUUUGAGGGCUCUCCUACAAACAAUGGCAUCAAAGAACAUCUCCCAGUGUAUGACUCCUGAGCAGCUGUUGGCUUUAUGUGAAGCUGGUAUUCACAGCAGCAAUGCCAGUGUUCGAGUGAACGUAGUGAGCAUCCUUGGAAUUGCUGGCAGCGUCUUGGCAAAAGGACAAGAUACAGCUGAAACACUAAAGAUGAUUGGAAAAUUUCUUCUUGAAGUUGCUAUGAAGGAAUCUUCUCUUGUGGUAGCAGGGGAAGCCUUGGAUGCACUUUUUGAUGUAUUUGCAGAUGGUGAAGAAGCAGAAAAGGCGGCGGUGCAGAUCAAGUUGCUUCCAACACUGAAGGAAUUUCAGCCAGUGUUCAGAACAAGGAUGCGAAAAGAAGGCAAAGGACAAUGUAGUACAGAUCAACUGUGUGUUCUUGACAAUGUGAGGAUGAAUUUGAGAAGAUUCAUUGCAUAUCAGGAGACACUAGGGAAAACUCCAACUUGAAACAUCGAGGAACUUUUAAGGUUUCCCUUAUUGAGUAAUGUUUUUAAAAAAUAUAACCAUUUUGAACUUCUAAAAUUUACUGAGCAGAGCAGUUUUGCUUUGAUGUUAAUACUACGUUUUGUAAUGUUCAGUAUUUUUAUACACUUGGGUUGAUGCAAUAUGAAAGUCACACCAGCACAAAAAACCCCGUAGCAUACUCUGAGAUUGUUGCAGUGAUAAGAAGGUGCUCCUGCAGCCCUGAGGUCUGUGCACAGCACCACUGUUGUUCUUUAGAAAUCUUCAUGUACCCCGGCAGAAAACUAUAACUGUGUGAAAAGGUAAUUUGGAGAAUAUUCUCAGUUAUGUACCAGAUAAGGAAAAAAAAUUAAAAAGCUCAAGAUAUAUUUAAGGGAAUUGAGCAGUGGCAGAAUGUUCUUAUUUGCUGUUUGCUCUUACCUGCUCCUAGAAUUGCACAGGCAUUUAUGGCAAGCUUCCCAAGAGAAGUUUGUGACAAGUGUGUGGAUUCCUGUCAGUACUUGGUUCUGUUAUUUCAUGAGGAGAAAACUGUUUCAGAUUCAUUUAUGAUAGCUUUUUGCUGUGGAAAUCUGUGUAAGCAGGUCCUACACUUAGACACAGCUCCCUGUUUUUACUUUAUUUCAAUUGGUAUUUCUAAAAAUCAAGUCUCUUAAUUUACAUUCUUCCUUGUAAUUCUACAUCAGGAUGAAUGUGAAUUCAAGGAAGUAAUAAACCAAAUAAAAAGCAUUUUUUAUAUUGAGGUAUUACCUAAAGUAAAUUUAUAAUUGCUUAAAAUACCUUUUAGAAAUAUUUGCGAUGGAGAUUUUUAAGCUGUUAUUUUCAAAAAAUGUCACCAAUUCAUGAAGAUUGUAUGUAAACUUCCAUAUAUCAAGAACUUUGGUUUUAUUUCUUUGAAUGAGAUUCUAUCAUACAUAUUUUUCAAGAAAAAACCCAAAACACAACCAAACACAAAAGUAUUUUGUUGUGCUGGGUUUUGAAAUAGGAGGGCUUUUUUCCCUCUCUCUUAAUGCACUGUCUUAGUGCAGGCAUCUAGUUUUUGGCAAAAGUUUGCCCAUGGUGUUAACCAUGGAACUUAUAAAGACCAAAUUUACUCAGUUUGUUAGAUUUCAGUCUCUAAGAUUGGAAAGCAGACUUGGGAACUGACUGGAUGACUUGCAAAUGACUGACUUUAUGAAAUCCUGGCAUAUGGUAUUUUGUCAAAUGCAAGAGAAAGUAAAAGAUGAGUUUAAGCAGCUCUACUGCCUGGAAGUCCUGUCACUGCUGUGACUUUGCAGGAGUCGGAUGAAAUGUGUGAUGUGAUGCCUGCUAAUCAAGUGAGAGUGUGUGACUGGGAGGGCUCCAGGGUCACUGAGCAUGACCUGGAGAAAUCCAGGAGAAGUCAUGAGGAGCAUGGUCGAGAGGUUAUCCAGGGAUUUAGCAGGGCAGGCAGUGAAAAGGGCCAAAGUGUAACACCUGAGGAAAAGUGGAUUAUGGCAUAAGACUGCACAGUAUGUGGAUUUUAAUCCUUGUGUUAGUUAUACUUGCUGUACACUGAGGAUAGUAUAAUAUUAGCCUGAUGAAAGGUAUUAAUAUUUGUUUAGCCCCUAAAGGACUUUCUUGUGGGAUGUUCUACUCUUAGUUUCUGGAUGCUACAUUGAAUUGAAGGAUUAUCUAGAUUGAAAAGGAUCUCUGGAGGUCUCUUAGUGUAGUUUCUGGAGUCAGACAAGUUGUGCUGUGCCUUGAACAUCUUCCAGGAUAGAAAUCCCACAACUAUGACAGCCUUUUCCAGGGCUUGAUUGCCCUCACUUGAAAUUCUUUUUUUUCCUUUUCCCCUUUGUGCCUUGUAGGACUUUCCCGUGCUGCAAAAUGCACCUCUUGUCCUUUGCACGCCACCCUGAAGAGUCUGGCUUCAUCUCAUAACCCCCACUUGUUAGCUGAAAACAACAAUUGAAUUCCCCUCUUCUCCAGGCCAAAUACACCCAGCUCCCUUAGCCCUUCCUUGUACUAGCUGGAGUUCUGACCCUCUAACCAUAUUAAUGGCCUUCUGCUUGACCUGCUCUGCUGUGCCUUGUACUGAGGGGGGCCCAAGACUGAACACACUUCCUCAAAUGUGAUCUCAUAAGUGCUAACUAGAGGGAAGUCAUCGGUUUUCUUAACCUGCUGGCCAUGCUCCUGCCAAUAGAGCCUGUUAUUUGUUAGUUGUCAUCACUGCAAGGGUGCACUGCUGACUUCUCUUCAACUUACUGUCCUCCAGGACCCUUUGGUCCAUCUCUCCAAGCUCUUUGGUCAUUCAAUCAAAAGCCUGCUCUGUUUCAAGGGAUAACUCUGUCCCAAGUGUAGGACUUUGCAUUUUACACCAAGUGUAGCAGUCAGAAUCUGGUUCCUGGGGACUAUUGGAAAAAUAGAGUAUGUUAUUUUCUGUUUAGGGGUUUUCUUUUAGUUUAAUAAUGAGAAGAAACAUUUCAUCUUCAAAUACAAAUCUGAAAAUUGCAGA